GUCACAAGCAUUUACCAUUAAAAUGUGUGUGUGCGUAUUGAACUGUUGAAUUUUCCAAAAAAAAAAAAAUGAUAAUUAUACUCCAAAUAAUUAAGAACUAAAAUAUAAAAAUAGUAGCACCAAAAGUACUGCUGGACCCCAAUACCCUUCCUCAACAGUUUAGUCGGUGUUUUAUUCACAUUCACACUGUUAUGCAAUUAAUAUGAUGCUUCGCGAUACAUAGGAUUUAUUCUCUCCUUUUCAACACUUCCUUUUUACCAGAUUUGACACUCACGUAUACUAUUGCGAACAGAAAACACGCAACAAAACCCGACCAGAAGAACCAAUCUGUUCCCCCAACUAAUUAUAUAUACUUCUGAUUUGAUAACUUAAGCUUAGUCAUAUAGUAUCAGUAGCUUCAAAGUUCCUAUUUUUGACAAGAUUAAGGAAAGACCGAGAGGCUAAGGAGAUUCAGAAAUGAAAGACGAGGAAGCACAGACAACUUCAGCAAAUGGUGGCACAGCAGCCAAUAAGAAAGAGGGCUCAUCAUCAGAAGCUGGAUUAUUUGGUGGUAGAGGCAAGUAUAAAUUCUGGGCUUUGGCUGCAAUUCUUCUACUUGCAUUCUGGUCAAUGUUCACCGGCUCAGUCACUCUAAAAUGGUCGGCGGGACACCUCACCCAUGGCUCCGAUGAUCUUGACUCGCCUAUGCACCGUGACCUUGAUAUUCUGGAAGUGGAGGAAAGGGAGAAGCUGGUGAGGCACAUGUGGGAGGUUUACACUCAGAGCAAGAAUGCAAGGUUGCCUCUAUUCUGGCGAGAAGCUUUUGAGGCAGCUUAUGAGGACUUGACCAGUGGAGACACAAACAUCCGAAACAAUGCCAUUUCGGAGAUUGCCAAGAUGUCUUUGGUGCGCUCAGCUCUCAAACAUGAACCUGAGCCAACUACAACCAAAUCCAGGUAGUUUUUAUUUUAUUUUGCGUCUGUUGCUUUUUCCUUGUGCUAUUGUGGUAUUUGGGAAUUCUUUUCUGGAUAUUAUACGUGAUGUGUUGUUUCAACCAUUUUUUUGUCAGAGAAACAUAGUUUGUCCCAUGAAAGAUUAGCACAUAUCAAGAUGAUUCAUACUGUUGAAUACUUCUUGAUCUUGUGGAAAUUAUGGUUUUUUGCUAUAUGAAAUUCGCAUGUGUGCUUCUUGCAAUAUUGCUUUGUGAAUCGUUCUUAUAUCCAUGGUCAAACAGCAUACCUUUUUCAGAUUGUUGAUACUCCAUUUUGGUUGAUUUUGUGGUGCAUCUCAAUAAAGUUUCUAAAAGUUUAGGACUUUUUGGUUUGAAUUUGGUGUGGUAUGGUUUCAACUUUCAACCGUCAUACAAUUUGAAAUAACUUGGCAAUUAGUGCUCCACACCAAGCAAUUGAUCAGGAUUCUAGGGAUACGGUGCUUGAUAGUUAAUUAAAAGAUUGGUGGCCUUCAACUAUGCAUUUUGAUUUUGGUGAUUCUCAAGACCAUCUAACUGCCUUAAUUUAGCACAAGGACUGCAAAUAACUGGUUAUGAAGUGUUCUUACACAAAUUUUCCUCCUACAGCAAAUCCAAUAGAGAGGCGAAACAACCUCGGCAACUAGCAAAGACAUAAGGCCAGUUAUGAUCAGAUCGUGCAACUUUUUCGCGUUUGGGUGAAGACCUACGGACUGCAAGAUCAAGAAUGUACGCUAAGUUUAUAAUGCAAAACUUCAGAUUACUGAACCAGCCAAAUAGAAGGUUCUGUAACUAUACAAAAGUUAUACAAGGUUCACCUUUAAAAUCUCUCGGUGUGAACUUUGUUCUUGAAUUUGUGUUUUCUCCUUUUUUGUUUGCUUUUAAUAGUUCUAUGCGCAAUAAUUUUGCAUUAUUUCCGUGAAUCCAGUUUAGCUAAUUGUUAAGUUAGAUUCCAACUUAUUUUCUCUGGUCCUCCUGUCUCCUGCUACUUUCUAUUGCUGCAUCUGCCGUACUCAUAUAUGUUUGGGAUGGAGAUAAGAGAAUAACAGUCCUAUUUUCAGAAUGGAGUUAUAGUUCCAGUUAUUAUCAUUCUUUAUUGCUCAAACCAAUGCUAUCUAAUUAAACGAUUAGCUGCAAAACUAAGAGAUACAGAUUUUAUCUUAAAACUGUUUGUGUACAAAUUAUCUUGGCAGGAAUAGGAUAGAAAUAAUUGUCUAGUUGACUAACAGAAGUUACUGGUUCGUUGCUAGUUAUUCUAUCUGCAUAUGAUGUGCAGAAGUUACUGGUUCGUUGCUAGUUAUUCUAUCUGCAUAUGAUGUGCAGAAGUUACUGGUUCGUUGCUAGUUAUUACUUCAUCUCUAAAAAAAAACGUUGAAUUUGAGAAAAUGAAUCUCUGAUUCUACUAACAUAGCUUGACUAUCAACUUCCAAUUGCUGGUGUUUUGACUAGCAGUCGGCCUUCUAUUAGGAUGUCAAAAUCAUCAAAACCCCCUUGAGAUGACAUAGUUAACAGCCUCUAGGCAUUGCUAAUGCUUCUCUGCCGGAAAUGUGGAUUUAAUAUUAACUCUUGCUCCUUGGGCUGCUAGUUCAUGAGAGUCUGAUCACUUGCUCCUGGCCCGGCUCAGUGAAGUUCACUGAAUGAGCUACUCAGUUAAUGUUAUACCAGCAUUUGCGGUUUGGAUCUAUUAUUUACUUGGCUUUCAUUCCACUUGUUGUUUCACACUAUUGGCAAGGAAUGCCGUAUUGUUCAUGUAUUUCCCUUGCAGAGCAAGUUAGACAUCAGAGCUGCCAUAUGACACAUGAUAGGACCGACAUAUUUUUUAUGUGUUCAUCUUGAACUGACCAGUGACCUGUGAAGUUAGGAACAUAAAGAAACACAUCAUCUUCUAAACAGCCUCCUAGCUUCAUGGGUUUUGUCGUCUGAACUGUUAGCUAGAUCCUGUUAGCUACUACCAGUGGUUUGGUCAACGGAUAUGUGUUGCAACUUGUAUGCAAACCAUUUGUCUAUUUUCACUCAAAGGAAUCCAGUUGUCAAUAUCAUGGAUUUGUAACUUUUUUGCCCUCCACAAUGUGAAUUUGUGGGAUGUGGCCUCCUUGCAUUGUCUUGUAAAUGAGAUCUAUGUAUGAAGGAAGAAGCUAUGUAGCGGCUGUCAGAGGAAAUCGUUUUCAUAAAUGAUGCCCAAACAAAUUAACUCACUGUAGUUUUAGAGUUCCUCACCCAAAUCUUGUUGGAACCGUUUGCUUAUUACAGCAAUCGUAACAAGAUGGAUUCUUAAUAAUUGGUUUUGAUAAAUGAUGCUCUACUAUGAAAACAAAAUGUAUGCAAUAUUUUCCACAUAAUAAUAAGCGGUAAAUCCAAUGCCGAUACCCCCUCAGGACAUCAGGAAAACUGAUUUUGGGUCGAGAGGAUCUCCGAAGAACAGGCAUUCAACCCUAAAGCAAAAUUGGAGUAUUUUGCAGUAUACAAUACGGAGAAGUAGACAAUUUUAAAGAGGUACAAGAACAGGCCACCUUUUGGGGCACUGACUGAGUUUAUAUUUUUUUUUCUGACAAGGAUAAUUGAUAGCUGAGAAUAACUUCACAAAAUUGCUUGAGCAGAUUACUAGAACUGCUGCAUCUCUCUAUAGAGAACAAAAACUCCUAAAACAGUUGAAUUUACAGUCUCCUCGUAGAUAUAUGUACAACUCAUCCAUGGCAUGCUCAAUCUUCCACCGUUUGAAUCUCUCCCAUCAUGAUCCUGUUGCUAACUACAUUGAAUCCCAACACCGAAGGACUUACCUUCUUGCCUUUCUUUGCCUUCUUCUUACCCUUGGCAGAACCUUCACCAGCAGUUGCACUGCUCUGAUCUGAAUCCCUGAAACCACCAUUGUCAGAAAUCACCUCUCUAGCACCUGAACCGGCGACCCUUCGAUCAUUCCGACUUUGGAAGGCAAUUUCAAGGACAUCAGCGGGAAGGAGAUCCUUAUAGUUAAGGAACUUGUCAAUGAAUUCAUGAUCCGGAUCAAAUGAGCCAAGAUUUUCAAUCAGAAGUGUUUCAGCCUCUUGUCUAGAUUGCUUCAAACAAUAUUCCAGGAAACUUGUAUCUGCAAUUAUGGUGGAGUGUCAGAGAAAUUACAAAAUAUUAUAGAUUUCUACACUCAUGCUGCGAAAACUACUUUGAAAUUGUAGAUAUCAUAAAUGCAUCAACCCAUUAGUGAGCCACUAGACUUCUGAGGUAACAGAACAAUGCAAUAAUCUUUCCAAUAUUCCCAAGGAUGCAUAACAUCCUAUCCCCUCACUCCUACCCCACCUACCUACAAUGAUCCAGUAAUCACAUAAAACUAGAGCAGCAAUAGUCAGAAAGCAGGAGCAGGCACGAAAUUGUUCGUCCAUGCAAAUAUGUUGAAUUUCCCAAGGGAGGAGGGGAAAUUUUCCCUGGCUAUGCAAUUCUGACGUUUAAUUGGCAAUAAUGACAUUUUUUUAUCUUUUUCUUUUAAAGAGGAUUAAUUAAUAGUGGUUCCCCACUUACCCCCGACGUGACUCGAACCCGUGACCAGUACUAACAAAAUUCGCAAGCAGAAGCAUUUAGACCAUAAAGUACCUUUUGUCUUGAUAAGCCUGAUG